CAUUUACACCUAUGUCGUCAAUGUUGCCAUUAUUUUUGACAAUAGGGACAUUGUAAUUAAUUGUGCGAUUGUGUUGUGUGUUGGACUGAUACGGUUUUGUGGUAAUUAUUGGUACGAAACUGCUUCAAAAUUGAUCUGGACCUACAGAGGCAGGCCUCUAACGGCCACUUCAUCCGAUCUGUGGGUCAGAUGUGUGAAGGCGGCUUUAGUGCCGCGGAGGGACUCUCGAGGAUGGCUUCCUUGGGUGGAGCCGCCUUGGGUGUCCCUCAAGGUCUCCAAAAUCCCCAAGCAACGAAAAAACAAGAAGACCACAUCAAACGGCCGAUGAACGCUUUUAUGGUGUGGUCACGAUUACAAAGGAGAAAAAUUGCUCAAGAAAACCCCAAAAUGCACAAUUCGGAAAUAUCCAAACGAUUAGGUGCGGAAUGGAAGCUCCUCACGGAGGAUGAAAAGCGGCCUUUCAUCGACGAAGCAAAACGGUUACGUGCAAUGCAUAUGAAGGAGCAUCCCGACUACAAAUAUCGGCCCAGACGUAAGCCAAAAACCUUACGGAAAGAAGGCUAUCCCUACUCAAUUCCAUAUCCUUCGGUGCCAAUGGACGCAUUGAGAGCUGGCAUGGCCGCCAGUAGUAUGGGUCAGUCCAUGGCCUCGUAUUACAACCCAUCGGCGGCUUAUGGGUCCCUAAGUGCAGCGUCAAUGGCGGCAGCAGCGGCGGCGGCCCAACAAUCGGCCGCUGCAAUGUCAGCAGGACUCACUGCACCAGCUCAGGUGGUGAGUUCGAUGGAUGCCAUGAAGUACUCGAUGGAAGCAGACAAGUACCGCUCACCCUACAUGCCGCCCUCCUCCCUCGCCAUGUCCAUGUACUCCGACCCCAAAUACAUGGACUCGUCCUCGAAGAGCUACCUGGAGCGAGGUUAUCUAGACUCGACCUCCGCCCUCACCAAGGCCUAUUUUGAAUCCUCCAAGAUGUAUAUGGAUAGUAAAUACAACCCGGACCCGGCGAGAUCCUACCCCCUUGACAUCGGCAAGAUGUAUUCAGACUCCUCCGCCCCGCAACAAGUCCCUGGAAAUUUGGGAUCGCCGCGGUCUCCGGACUCCCCGGACGUGAAACCUAACCAGGAGCGGCAGGACGGGGCGUCAUCGUCUAGUUCUACGACAACGUCAUCGGCGGGGGCGUCGCCUGGGGCGCUUCCGGGGUACUACCCCAGUAGUGGCAUGCAGCAAGGAGCGUCAGUGCCCGGACUCCUUCCCAUGGCCCAGUACGCCAGUCAGUACCCCACGCAGACGCCCGGAGGGGAGUUUCGGAGACCCCUCACUGUAAUAUUUUGACCAGAUCGGUUGUGAAUGUGAUUGGUGGUUUCUAGGUGCGUUCGUGUGAAUAUCUCUCUAAAUAUUCUAGCCGUAAAGGCAAAAAUAGACGUAAUUGUAUGUAACAUACCUAAGUAAACGUAUACAUAGUUAGAAAAAUUUGUUUCGAUUUGAAAUUAAUUUAUUAUGUUUUGUUCAAAUUUUAAAUAUACUUAACACUUGUAUAAAUGUAAAUAAUCCUAUAGCGUGUACAAAUAGUUGUUGUUAACUAUGUAUAAUUACAACAACCAUGUCCUUAUUUUAAAGUAUUGUACAAAGCGCUUGUUUAGUUCACACAAAUUUUUGUUCCUAUUUUUCGGUAGCUAUAAAACUAAGUAUCCCCCAUAUACCUUGUUAUUAUGAACUUAUCUAAAUAUAGAAUUAAUGUAA